AUGUACAAUAUUUACUUGCAGAAUCCUAUAUUUGAUUUUGGGUAUCUACUUUUUCUUUGCAAAGUCAUGGCAACCCCUGUUAGUGUCUCACCACUGAUCAAAACUGCAAGAUGGUCACUCCUUGCACUUGGCAUGAUGUAUGGUUACAAGCACAAUCAAACUCUGACGGUGCGAAGAGCAAAAGAACGAAAAGUCGAAAAUGAAGUCAAAGAGAAGUACCUGCAGCAGAAACAAGAUGCAGCAGACAAAGCUCGCCUGGAAUUCGAAAGAGAUUCUAUUCUUUUUCAAAAAUAAGAAAAAAACUAACUUAGCAGAGACUUAUUUAUUCUAUAAACUUCAAAUAAUUUUUCUGGUUAUGUCAUUUUAAAUUUAUUGUUCAACAAAAUUCAGUUCUGUAUGGUGUUACUCCUGCUUUAUUUAAAAUCUAUUGAAAUUGAUAUACAUGGUGCAAAAUUUAGUAUUAUUUUGCCAUGUUUUCUGAAUCGAACUGCAUACAGUUUAGGACAAAUUUAACUUUCCUCCUGUAAUCUCAAAUUAUCUUCCAUGGUUCCAUGUCUUUUGGUUUUGAAAUGUUUUUGACAAUAGAAAAUGUGACAUUUUGUUUCUCUGCAGUGCAUGGUAGCUUUAUAGUUAUAGUUGCAUAAAUUCAAUCCACAAGAUGCCUAGAAUUACCAUCAAGGGGGGUGUAUGGAGAAAUACUGAGGAUGAGAUUUUGAAGGCUGCUGUAAUGAAGUAUGGGCUCAACCAGUGGUCACGUAUUGCGUCACUUCUGCAUCGAAAAUCUGCCAAGCAAUGCAAGGCAAGAUGGUAUGAAUGGUUAGACCCAAGUAUCAAGAAGACAGAGUGGUCUCGAGAAGAAGAAGAAAAACUACUUCACCUCGCUAAGUUGAUGCCGACACAAUGGAGGACAAUUGCUCCCAUCAUAGGAAGAACUGCCGCUCAGUGUUUGGAGCAUUAUGAGUAUUUGCUUGAUAAAGCAGCUCAUAAUGAAGAGGAUGAGAUGGGAGGAGAUGAUCCUCGGAAGCUCAAACCCGGUGAGAUCGAUCCUGCUCCUGAAACCAAACCUGCUCGCCCUGAUCCAGUAGACAUGGAUGAAGAUGAGCAUGAGAUGUUGAGUGAGGCAAGAGCGAGAUUGGCGAACACGCAGGGAAAGAAGGCGAAACGUAAAGCAAGAGAGAAACAAUUGGAAGAAGCACGUCGUCUUGCUUCUUUGCAAAAGCGUAGAGAACUUAAAGCUGCAGGAAUUGCAAUCCGUAAAAAGCGCAGGAAGAAAGGAAGGAUAGACUACAAUGCAGAAAUCCCAUUUGAGAAGAAACCAGCCUUAGGUUUUUACGAUGUGGCAGAAGAAGUAUUUGAUCCACUCGAUCCAAACUUUAAGAGGUUGAGGCAAGAUCAUCUGGACAAAGAACUUGCAAGAGUAAAAGAAGAGCGUGAGAAGAUAAAGGACAAACAGAAGAAUAAAGAUAAGGAUGUCGCAUCUAUUAUAAACAACAAAAAUGCUGAGCCAGCAAAGAAGCGUUCCAAGCUUGUUCUUCCUUCACCACAGAUUUCUGACAUGGAAUUGGAAGAAGUAGUGAAAGUUGGGCAAGCUGCAAAGUUAGCAAUUGAAGAAAGUGGAGUUCCAACAUCGGACUCUCUGCUUGCUGAUUACAGCGUAACACCAAGCACGUCUAAUCUACGCACACCAAGAACUCCAAUGCCAUCAUCAGAUACUGUCAUGCAAGAAGCACUGAAUGUAAUGGCCCUCACUAAUGUGGACACCCCACUUAAAGGUGGAACAAACGUUCCAGUUGAUACUGACUUCUCUGGCAUCACACCUGCCAGACCAGAUAUCAAAACACCAAACACAGUUAUUGCAACUCCAUUCAGAACACCUUCAGAGGCUGGUACAAGUGAUGGUAUGACACCAGCAAUGCCAACACCAAGAUCCAUUACCAGCACACCAGGUUUCACACCAAGACGUGAUAAACUUAACAUCAAUCGGGAAGAUAUGACUCCAUUUAACCCCAAGGAGGAGCGUUUGAAUUUGAGAGCCACCUUGUCCACACUACCAACCCCACGAAACGAUUUCGAAAUUGUGUUGCCGGAGAAUGAGGAUGGAAUGGAUGGUGAUCAUCAUGAUAAAGAUGGGAGCGAUAUGGUGGAGGAUGCUGCAGAUGUGGAAGCACGGAAGCAAGCUGCUAUUGAAGCUGAGUUGGCGGAGCAGUUAGCACGGCGACACGCAUCAGUUCGAAAGGAGCUGCCUCGACCUACAGUGAUAAAUGAAACUAUUUUACGACAACCAACCACUACACAACUGGAUGAAUUGCAGAAGGCAGAAGAAGCCAUUAAAAGAGAGAUGGUCACAAUGCUGAGACAUGAUGCCUUGAAUAACUCCGCACCAAACCAGAUUCCAGGAAAAGGAAAGAAGGCAAACAGUAUGUCCGCACACACUCAGUAUUUGAGUAAAUAUCCAUAUGAGGAAAUCUCACCUGAAGAGUUAGAAGAUGCCAAGAAUCUGCUCAACAAAGAGAUAGAGGUGGUGAAAACAGCGAUGCAGCAUGGAAAUAUAUCUCUUGAUGUUUACACCAAAGUGUGGAGAGAUUGCUAUAAUCAAGUUCUGUUCGUACCAAGUGAAAAUCGUUACACUCGAGCUAACAGAGCAUCGAAAAAAGAUCGAAUUGAAGCUCUUGAAAAGCAAUUGGAAACAAAUAGAAAUCAUAUGACGAAAGAAGCAAGACAAGCUGCUAAGCUAGAAAAGAAACUUAAAGUUUUACUGGGAGGUUACCAGCAACGUAGCACCUCCAUGAUCAAGCAAUUCACUGAGAUCAUCGACCAAUUAUACUCCAGCCGUAUUGAGCUGAACACAUUCCAAGAACUUCUGCGAGCAGAAAAGGGAGCCAUACCCAAGAGAUUAGAGGCAAUGGAAAAUGAUUACCGUGUGCAAGUGGAGCGUGAACGCGAACUUCAAAAGAGAUACGCCGAACUUGUGAAACAGGAUGGUUGAUUAACCGAAGUGCCAAGACAACCAUACGACAACUUAACAAUCAUUUCAUGUACAGCAAUGUCAGUUUAGAUUUAAAGCUUGAUAAGAGACUCGCUGCUAAAUAUACGUUGUAAUAAGAAUCGGGUCGCGCAAGUUUUUUCAAUAAACGAACUGGUCAAUUGUA